AUGUCCAUAUACCCCAGAAUCACUAAUUGCCCGGUCCCUCUUCUCCAGGAGACCGGAUGGAUCUACAACGACAUCGAGUUGGCCUCCUGCCCCAAGAAGCAGGUCUCGAGCCUGGCCUGGUCGUCGGCCAGGGACAUGCUCGCUGUCGCUUCCUGGGACAAUACACUGCGGAUCUACGAGGUAGAGGGUUAUUUGGAUGCGGAAGAGCGGGUUAAAGUGCAGUUCGAUGGGCCUGUUCUCAGCUGUGCCUGGUCUCGUUACAGGAACCUCGUCGUCGGGGCGAGCGCCGACAAGUCCGCUCGCGUCUUGGACGUGAGUGGCGAAGCGAGAACACUUCGUCGCCUGGACGGCCAUGAGGAACCUGUCAGCUGCGCCAAGUUCUUUGAUCACCGCGCAACUCGCACCGAUUUGCUCGUCACCGGUUCCCGGGACCGCAUCGUCAACUACUGGGAUUUGCGCCAGAGAGAGCCCAUCGGCUCGCUGUAUUGUAAUCAGCGAGUCGAAUGCCUGGACACUGACGAGCGUAUGCUAGUGAUAGGCACAGGUAGUCGUGAGAUCCACAUCGUCGAUCUGCUCCAGCAGUAUAGCAUACGUUUGACGGUGAAAAGUCCAUUGCUGCAGAAGACCCGUGUGGUCAAAUGCCUGCCUGGCACGUACGGAUUCGCCGUGGGGAGCGCCGACGGACAGUGUGCAAUCCAUUAUCUGGACGCGAAUGCUGAAGCCGAGAAACGCAACUACGACUGGAAAUGCAGUCGUCAAGACGGUGCAAACCCGAAGUGCGAGGUUAACGCUAUCAGCUUCCACCCUCUUUACCGCAGCACAUUCAGCACCGCCUGCGCAGACGGCACACUGACAAUGUGGGACUACAAAACCCACAAGCGCGUCAGGACGUUCCCCAACAUGGGCGGAUCCGUCCUUGCGACGGCGUUCAACCUCGACGGCACGCUCUUCGCGUACGCCCUCGGCCCGGACGAGAGCAAGGGUCCUUCUUCUUUUGCCAAGAAGAAGUCGGUGGACGAGCCGAGUAGGGUGAUCCUUCACGAGAUGGCGGAUGAUGAGGUCGAGCCGUGGCUCAGGAAGCAUCCGGAGGAUGGGAGUGCCUACAAGGCGGAAGGAUGGUGA